UGCGGCGACGGUACGCGCAGAGCAUCAACAGCCCGGCGGUGUCUGCUCAGGAGCUGCUGCUAUGCUGCGCGCAGCGCCGAGACGUCAGCCGUCAUUUUAACGUCCCGGUUCAGACUUUACGGCGAGUAGAGUCGCGGAACAAGACAAAAAAGGAGAAGAAAAAACAGGACCCAACCUUUGGAGAAUAUGAACAAAGUGGACGCACCACGCCGACCCGCCGCCUCUCUGAAAUUCACCAUUGACAGCAUCCUCAAUCUGAAAACCAGCGGGAGGAACUGGGGCAGUUGUCACCGCGCAGCGCUGCAGGAUGACUCGGACACAGCGACGCGUAAAGACGGUUUCCAGAGUCACCACGACGAGCGCGUCGUCCAGCGGCACCGGGACGCGGACAGCAGGCUCAACGAGAGAGAUUUGAUCACAGCCUGCAGCGAAGCAACGGAAUCGUCCAUCGCCGGCCGCGGAGACCUGAAGACGGCGACCGAGGUGCGCUUCGAGAGCGGGGACAGCAGCUGUGACGACAGCACCACCACCAUCACCACCACCAUCACCGCCGCCGCCGCGGCCACGGACACCCACAGGGGAGGCUGCCCCGCGAAGAAAAGCAAAAUGAUAACGAAAAAGAAAACGCGCACCAUAUUCUCCAAGAGACAGAUUUUCCAGUUGGAGACCACCUUUGACAUGAAACGCUACCUGAGCAGUGCCGAGCGCGCAUGCCUCGCCAGCUCCCUCCAGCUCACGGAGACCCAGGUGAAAAUAUGGUUUCAGAACCGCAGGAAUAAAUUGAAACGGCAAAUCUCCACCGAAAUCGACGGACCCGUUAGCGAUUACCCGGAGACGGGGAAGCCCGUGGCGGCGGGGCAGCUCCCGGCCUUGUACAAGGAGAGCAACCUGCUGGGGAGAUGCCUGCUGCCCAUGCCGCUGCCCGUCGUGUACCCGGGGAGCAGCACGCCUUACCUCUGCUUCACGAACGCCAGCAAGUACUUCAGCCUGUACGACGGGGACGUAUGAUGCUCUCGGCGGGUCCACGCGUGGAAGAGACACUCGGUUGUUUUUUGUUUUUUUUGGGUGGUCUGUUUGCCAAGUUUCAAGCAUUUAAAAAGAAAAGGUGUUUAGAUGUCGGGUCGGGUGUGCGGCCUUACUGUUUUAUGAAGACUGCAAAGUGCGCCCACAGAUGGGGUUGUUACAUAUCACUGAAAAUUAAGCUGAUCCGGCUGUAUUUAUUGUUCACUCAGAGCUCUUGUUUUCGGAUAUAGGCCGGGCACUAAACCUGCUAUACACGUAGCCGUUUCUAGGAAAUAGCAGGCUAAGCUAAUGAUAGCCCGAGAGAGGCCUAAACAGUAUCAACCCUUACAUUUAUUGUUUACAUGACAAAGCAUUCUUAUUAAUAUUUUAAUUAUUCUCAUAAUUUGUAUUAUUAUUAUUAUUGACAACAUCAUUUUCCAGCAGCCUAAGCCACCAAAGAAAUUACUAUAGCCUAGCCAUUUGCAUGCAUUUCCUGUAUCAUGAUGGAUUUUGAAUUACUGAAAUGAUCUAUGUAUUUAAAUGAAUGUAAUUAACAUUUAAUAAUGUUUCACGCAUGUCUAUUUUUUCGGAGCAUCUUACUAUUCUUACUUUAGUCAACAUUUGUCUAUUAGCUCAUUACACCAUUUAUUGAAACUGUAAUUAAAAUAUCUUUAUUCAAGAAA